GUGGCUGCGGAAUAUGCUUCUGUAGCCACUCACUUUAUUUUUUACAUCGUUCUCUCGUGACUUAUACCCUAAACAUCACUAUCACAUUGUAACCUCCGUUAGCUAACAGCCUAUGCACGUAUAGAGAACGUGUGCUCUUGCAUGAGAAGCACAACCUGGAACCAGGAGAGUCCGUGGGAUGUGAAACAAUAUUACAGUGCUUUCUCAUAGAGAACCUCUUUUCAUCUCGAUAUGCAUCUAAUACAACAAGGAAUAUGUAUGUGACCGCUUCAAAUGCUGUAGCUCUCACCUCAGAGGAGAUGAAGGAGUACUUUGGGCAGUUUGGACCAGUGAAGAAGUGUCUUCUACCAUUUGAUAAAGACACAGGUUUCCACAGAGGCUUCUGCUGGAUUGGAUUCACAACAGAGGAAGGACUGAACAAUGCGCUGCAGAAAGACCCACACAUACUGGAGGGAACCAAGCUCCAGGUUCAGAGGAACAGACGGCCGUUUGCUGGGCAGAAGUCAAACAAAGACAGCGAGUAUGACUAAAGUGUUGUACUUGACGAGAAAAUCAAAUGUGCUGUUGUUACGCUCAGGUUCAGAUUCCCUAUGUUUUUGUUUUUGCUGCCAUAGUUGCUUGAUAUUUUACAUUUUUUGCAAAUCCAUUUGGGGCAUAAUGAAGACUUAAAGAAGUACACUAGGAUUGGUUUUAUAUUUCCAUUCCAAAGUCUGUGACCUGACUGUUCUUUCUUUUGCACCUUCAGUGAAUUUGGGUCUGAGUAUCAUUGUCAUCGCUUUAAUGUGUCAGUCCAGCUGUGAUGAUUGUGUUUAUUUAUUGUCAGUGAUACUGUUCAACCUGGUAUCAUGCCAAAGCAUGUAAUACACCCCCUGGUCCACCGUGUCAGUGUCAUGUUUUGCCUCACCUAGGCAUGAAAACUACACGUGUGUCUGAAUAUCACACUUCUAUUGGCCUGUAACCACCGUGACAGAUACCAUCAUCAGUACAUAAAUUGUCAAUGCAAACUUGUAUUUACUUUAAGUUUAUAGAACAUGAUUUACCAACUAGUGUAUGGCAAUAAAAACAUUGUUUAAUCCCA